AGAAAUAUGGUCCUUCUGUCGUCGAAACACAAAAUCGGAGUUUCAUAACUUGGAAUUUUUGCGACUAACGAUGGAGGAGUCUAACUAAUACGGAUUAUAUGAUAGUCGUUUAACUUUUCAUGACUUCUUUUAGAAGUUGUUCAAUUCCUGACUUAAAAUGUCGCACCUGUAUGUUAUGUUAUGCGUUUUACUACAAGGAAUUUUUGUAUUUUCCAAAGGUUGUGAACUACCUUGCAACAGUAAUCAAUUCCAAUGUAAAAACUGUCGAUGUAUUCUAGAGUCAGAUAAAUGUAACCACAUCAAUGACUGUGGUGAUAAUUCAGAUGAAAUGGAUAAAUGCACUUACAAGCCCUGUUUGGGGGACCAGAUGACCUGUGAUAACUACAAGUGUGUGAACCAGACCAGUGUUUGUGAUGGCAAGGACGACUGCGGGGACGCUUCAGAUGAGAAAGGCUGUGAUAGGGAGAAGUGUAGUCCCCAGGAAUGGCAGUGUCCAGAGUCCAAGCAGUGUAUCCCUAUUGGUAAACUGUGUACUGAGACCUCAGACUGUCCGCAGGGGGAGGAUGAAGGUCCCACCUGUAGUAGAACCUACUGUCAGCAGCUGUCAUGUGACUUCAGGUGUCAGGCCACACCCACUGGAGGGAUGUGUUUCUGUAACACUGGCUAUCAGAUAGACCCCAGGGACAACAGGACCUGCAUAGAUUAUAAUGAGUGCAAAACAUGGGGAUCAUGUGACCAGAAAUGCAAAAACUUUGAUGGUUACUACACAUGUGGCUGUUACCCAGGGUACAUACUGAACGGCAAGAAAUCCUGCAGAUCAACGGCUCCCCGAGCUUCAAUGAGAGUGUUUGUUGCUAUGGAGGACCACAUUUUCAGUAUGGAUGCCGACGGAAACGAUCACAAAGUGGUCAUCAAUGGGUCGGUGGAAGAUAUGGACUUUGAUGUCUACAACAACAAAAUGUUCUGGAUUGAUGAGGCCUCCAAAAAGAUCUUUACAAUAGACCUUCGAAAAAGUACAGAAAGGAAAGAAAUACUAGUGAAUGAUCUGUACAAGCCACAAAGCAUAGCUUAUGACUGGAUCAGCCAGAACUUGUAUCUGGUCGACCAGAGGGCCAAAGUUAUAGAUGUCAUAGAUCUGAAUUCUCAGCAUCAAACCAAUAUCAUCAGUGAUAAUAUCCAAGAUCCCAGGGCUCUGGCUAUUGAUCCACUCACAGGGUAUCUGUUUUUCUCAGACUAUGGUAGAAAGCCGAGACACAAGACUCGCAUUGAGCGCGCUUACAUGGACGGCAGUAAGAGGUUUUUACUGGUGAACAAGGACAUCAUCGCCCCCACCAGUAUCACUGUGGAUGCGGUCAACAAGAGGAUUUUCUGGACAGAUAGCAGACUAGAUCAUAUUCAGACGGUGGACUUCAGUGGGAGAUUCAGGUUUACAGUUCUAUCGAGUGGUAUUAAGAUUCCCAAUGCUAUUGGUCUGGCUCGUUUUGAGGAUAAGCUUUUCUGGGCUGAUGACACAAAGAUGGGAGUGUUGAAGGUAAAUAAGUAUGGGGACGAAGAUCCGCAGCAGAUAUUCCAAGAUCAGAAAAACAAACGACUCCGCAGCGUCAAAAUCUUCCAUCAGUCCAUUCAACACCAGAAAGACAGAACAAAUCCUUGUUCUGGUAACACUUGUGAGCACAUUUGUGUUUUGACACAUGUGAGGGAAAACCAUGGUCUAGGAUAUAAGUGUAUAUGUGCAAUAGGAUAUGAACUCUCUGACAAUGGGGUGAAUUGCACAAAAAUUAACAACUUCCUCCUGUUUGCUGCCAAGUAUUCAGCCAGGGGGAUUUCCCUGACCCCUCCCUCUGAUACUGCGUAUGCUGUGGAUGCCAUUCCUCAGUUAUUUGCCAAAGACACCGGUCACUUGGGUGUUAACUAUGUGGCUGUGGACUAUGAUGCCGAGGAUGAGAUGGUCUACUUCUCAGACAUCAGGAACUUUGCCAUCAUGAAAGCCAAAGUGGAUGGAUCUCUCCGACCCACAGCGCUGACAGUGAAGAAGGUACGCUCUGUGGAAGGGUUAAGUGUGGAUUGGGUCUCCAAGAACCUCUACUUCACCGACUUCUUCCAGGGCACUCUGUCUGUACUACGACUUAAGUCCCCAAAUGAGACGUUAGUCUUAAUGUCAGGGACUGGUAAACCAAGAUCAGUUGUUGUACAUCCACUGAAAGGCUGGUUAUUUUUCUCGGACUGGAUGAAGAAUACCAUGCAGAGUCCUUAUAUUGCCAGAACAUUUGGUGACGGCACUAAUAUGACCAAAAUUAGGAAGUACGAGCUGGGCUGGCCCAAUGGUCUCAGCAUAGACUUCCACACUGACCGACUCUUCUGGGUAGAUGCUUACUUUGACAGGAUACAGCAUUCAAACUUUGAUGGGGAGGAUGUGAAGACAAUAACUGGAGUUUCUAUUGCUCAUCCUUUUGGAAUAGUUGCAUAUAGAGGACAUGUAUAUUUCUCCGACUGGAAACUGGAGGCUAUCAUCAGAAUCAACAAAAAAGGGAACCAACAGGUCACACUGAGGAAAGGAAUUGAGUUCUUAAGAGACAUAACAAUUUAUGAUAAGGAUAUUCAACAGAAACCAGCUGAUCAUGCAUGUGUAAAGAGGAAUGGGGACUGCUCCCACUUCUGUUUCCCUGUGCCUUACUCGGGGGGUGUUCAAAGGCUGGGCAGGAAGUGUGCGUGUCCAUUCGGGAUGAAGCUGAAUGAGGACAUGAGGACCUGCCAGCAGGACGAGGAGGUGUUCAAGGAGGAGAAAUGUAGGGCAGGGUUCUUCACCUGUGACAACAAGCGCUGUGUUCCCAACACCUUUACUUGUGACCAGGAGAACGACUGUUUAGAUAAAUCGGAUGAAAAGAACUGCACAGAAGGAAAGACCUGUGGACCACAACAUUUCCAGUGUAAUAACAACCGUUGCAUUGACCUGAAGUGGAAGUGUGAUGGUGACAAUGAUUGUGGGGAUAGCUCAGAUGAAAUUGGUUGUUCCAAUAAAACUUGUGGUCCUACACAGUUCAGGUGUAAUAACACCCUGUGUAUUAAUAUGAGGUUUAAGUGUGAUACAGACAAUGAUUGUGGAGAUGGUUCUGAUGAAGGAGAAUUCUGUGGUACUCACACCUGUGAUGUGGACCACUUCCAGUGUGGGGACAAGCGAUGUAUAUACACCAGGAAGCUCUGUGACGGUCAGGAGGACUGUUACGAUGGAUCCGACGAGAAGGACUGUCCCCCUCUGAAGUGUGCGGACGGUAAAUGGACCUGUAAGAAGAGGCGACAGUGUAUACCUGAGAGGUACCAUUGUGACGGGGCUCCAGACUGUGAGGAUGAAACUGACGAGCUGGACUGUCCAACAAGAGGAGAAAAAACAUGUUUGGUGGAUGAGUUUAACUGCACACAGGGUGGGUGUAUUCCAAAGAGCUGGAAAUGUGACGGACAGCCCGAUUGUGAGGAUGGAUCAGAUGAACCUGACACUUGUCCUGAGCCUACGUGCUGGUCGGAUAGAUUCAGGUGUGCUAAUGGCCGCUGUAUCUCCCAGUCCUGGAUCUGUGAUGGAGACGAUGAUUGUGGGGAUAAUUCGGAUGAGGAUCAGAGUCUCACAUGCCCACCUCCUACCUUUAAAUGCCCCCAUUAUCAGUGGGAAUGUCCAGGGAAUUCCAGAGUGUGUAUAAAUAGAACAAAAGUUUGUGAUGGGAAUGCUGACUGUCCAAAUGGGGAUGAUGAAAGUCCUAUCUGUAAUACUGAUGAAUGUGGGGUAGAGAAUGGUCACUGUAACUUCCUAUGUAUCCAGACACCCAGAGGGGCCGAGUGUGUUUGUCCUGUGGGUCAGGUCUUAAAUGGAACCAAGGAGUGUGUGGAUGACAAUGAGUGUGAUCCCCCAGGAAAGUGUAGUCAGCACUGCAUCAACACCAAAGGAUCGUUUAAAUGUACCUGUGAUCCAGGAUAUGAACUCGUCAAUCAAACCACUUGUCUUGCAAAUAGAAAUGAGACUAAGCCUUACCUACUUGUGACCAGUCAGGAGGACCUGAUGAAGGCCGGCCUGGAUGUGAUGGAGCUGAGCAAUAUACAGCUCCCGGGGAUCAAGGCUCUGGCAGGCCUGGACGUUCAUGUACAGAAACAGCAUGUGUAUUUCUCAGACUCUUCUCUAAAGAAGAUAUUUAGGGUCAAUGCUGAUGGCAGCAAUCUGACAGAGGUAUUCCAAGUAGGAGUGAAUGUAGUAGAGGACCUUGCAGUGGACUGGAUUGGUGGAAACUUGUACUGGAAUGACUACGUUGUAGAGACCAUUGAAGUUGCCAAACUAGAUGGCAGCAUGAAGACAAUUCUGUUCAGCGAGAACAUAACUAACCCCCGCGGCAUUGAAGUGGAUCCCCGCAGUGGAGCUCGAUAUCUAUUCUGGACUGACUGGGGACAGAACCCAAAGAUUGAGCGGUCAGGAAUGGAUGGUAUUGGUAGAAAAGUGAUCAUUUCUGAGAACUUGUACUGGCCAAAUGGGCUGACACUGGACUACCCCAAUAGGAGAUUGUACUUUACAGAUGCCAGACUUGAUUUCAUCGAGUUCUGUAAUUAUGAUGGAUCUGGGAGAAGGAAGGUGUUUGCAAAUGAUCAUUUUUUGAGACAUCCCCAUGACCUGGUUGUGUUUGAGGAUUACAUGUACUGGACAGACAGGAUGGCAGGGCGUGUCUCCAAAUGCAAUAAGUUUGACUGUGCAGGUCGCAAUGUGGUGGUCAGCUUUAUCUUGCGCCCCCUGGGAAUUGCCAUCAUGCACCCCGCCCGACAGGUCAUUCUCCCUCAGGACACCAAUCCCUGUGCCUCGGCCAGCUGUAGUCAUCUCUGUCUGCUGUCCGCUGACAAACGCUCCGGAUACUCCUGUGCGUGUCCUGUGGGUAUGAAUCUCAACUCGGACAGCAGCACCUGUAGAGAAGUGACUCAAGAGUACUUGGUGUACAUAACAAAGACAGGCCUGGUAGGGCUAAGCCUCAACAAUAACACCAUCCAUGAUGUGCUGCCCAUCUCUAGUAAACAAAAUGUCCUGGACGUGGACUUUGAUACACUCAACAAGACAAUGUAUAUAGUGCAGAGCCCAGAGGUUGGAAAUUCGUCUGUAAAGGCCAUCUCAAUAGAAACUGGAAAAAUAAAGGAAAUGAAUCCUACUCUGUUUUCUGGGAGCCCCCGAGCCAUUGCAGUGGACUGGAUAGCUAGGAACCUGUAUUGGACAGAUGAUGAGUCAGGGACGAUUGAGGUUAUGAGGAUGGAUGGGGAAAAUCACUUCAGGAAAGUUCUUCUCAGUAACACAGGCAAAAACUACGACUGUGCCCGGCCCGUGUCUUUGGUGCUAGAUCCAGAUCAUGGAAAGUUGUACUAUGCUGACCAAGGAGGAAAUGGGCUGCCUUCCAAGAUUGGAGGAAUGAGUUUGAGUGGGAGUAACCCGUUUGUUGUCCUUCAAAGACGCGUGGAAAAACCCGAGUACAUUACAAUGGACAGAAACACAGAGACUUUGUACUGGACAGACUCCGGCAGACAGUGGAUUAUGAGAUGUGGAAUACGGCCCCGCAGUGUGACCGUGUUUUUGAACCACCUGAGUCACCCCAGGGGGAUUGCUGUGUUUAGAGACAAACUGUACUAUGUGGAUGCUGACUUUGAAUCCAUCUUCUCUCUACCACUUAAUUCCCCUAAUGCUAAGAAGCAAGUUGUCAAGACAAAUAUUGUCAUGCUUCAUGGACUGAAAAUCUACAGACAACUCCAUCAAAAAAAUGUACAGCCGCAUGGCUGUGUGGUGAAGUUUGGGGAGGUGUCCGCUGUCAGGAAGAUGAGCUACGGGAACUGUGAACAGCUCUGUCUCCCGGGGCCCGGACAGUUCCGCUGGAAGAACCUCUGUCAGUGUUCCACAGGAUUCCAGAUGAACUCCACCACUGGGAAAUGCCAGAUGGAGGACACUUUUGCAGUGGUGUCGAUGCUGGAGGUGAUUCGAGGAUUUUCUCUGAUUCCGGGUCACAACGAUGCCAUGGUUCCUAUCAGAGGGCCAGACCGUGUAGCUUUACAUGUGGAUGUCCAUGUGGCUGGCCAGCACAUAUACUGGUGUGACUACGACCCCACAGGUUUGAAACUGGGCAACAACAAUGGAAUCCGACGGAUUCGUGUGGAUGGGUCCGGAUAUGAGGAGAUCGUGGUGGAUGGCAUUGGAAUAAAGUCAGGAGAGGGCAUCAAAGGAAUCGCUGUCGACUGGAUUGCAGGAAAUUUAUAUUUCACCAACUCCAAGAACUAUGUGACCUACAUGGAAGUGAGCAGGAUGAAUGGAACCCACCGAAUGAUAUUGUUCCAGGAGAAAGAGGCUACUCCAAGAGCCCUGGCUGUCAACCCCAUCAAAAGAUAUUUGUAUUGGUUGGACCAGGGUCAGUUCCCUAAGAUAGAGAGAUCCCAUCUGGAUGGCAGUAACAGGACUGUUCUUGUGAAGCACGGGAUCAUAUAUCCGCGGGGAAUCACCAUUGACAUCACAACCCACGAAGUUUACUGGGUCGACUCCAGAGUGGACGCCAUUCAGAAAAUGUCCUUCAGUGGAGGAAACAGAAAGUAUGUCAAGAGUAACCUCCCUUCACCAUUUGGAAUAGCCAUCAAAGAUGAUUACAUGUACUGGGUAGAUCGCAAUCUGAAGAAAGUAUUUAAAGCCAGAAAAAACAUGGAAAACUCUAGAGCGAUUGUAGUAAAGAAUAAUUUGGAAAUGUUACGAGAUAUUGCAAUCUUCCAUGUUUCUGUUCAGCCAAAUGUGUCCAGCCCAUGUAGUGAAAACAAUGGAGGCUGCGAACAGCUCUGCUUCUCCUUCCCAAACAAGACGGAGCCUAAAUGUCAGUGUGCCACGGGUGUCUUGGAUAAAAACGGGAAAUCCUGCAAUGCUCCUAACGAGUACCUUGUGGUGGCAGCAGAAACGGAAAUAAUCAGUGUGUCUCUGGAUCCCAGGAUUAAGUCUGCCCCUAUACCCCCGGUCAAGGGACUAUUUGGAGUGGUCGCUGUGGACUUCGACUAUGAUGAGAGUUACAUCUAUUUCUCACAGGUUUUGAGACGGUCCAUUGGUAGGGUCAAAAUGGGUACCAAUGACAUUGAAGAUAUGGCAAAGACUGGAAAUGACUCUGGAAGUCCCAGAGCUAACUCAGCUACAGCUGAGGGGCUGGCUGUAGAUUGGGUAGGGAAGAAGGUCUACUGGUCCGAUGUGUUUACUGGUCAGAUUAUGAGUAUGACCCUCAACAAGACACAUAAGACCCCCCUCAGCCAUGUGGCCACCCCUAGAGCCGUGGCUGUCCAUCCUUGCCAGGGUUUGCUGUUCUGGACAGACUGGACUCAUCCCAAGAUAGAGAGGAGCACCAUGGCUGGCAAUCUACGUAAAACCAUUGUGAAGACUGACUUAGGCUGGCCCAACGGGCUUUCUAUUGAUUACGACGAGGACAUGAUUUACUGGGCAGAUGCCCUGAGAGACAGAAUAGAGAGGGCGAACUUCAAUGGACAGUACCGAGAGAUCAUCGUACAGUCCACUGUCCACCCCUACUCCAUGACUGUGUUUGGUCAUUAUGUGUACUGGACAGACUGGACUCUUCAUGGUGUGUAUAGGGCUGAAAAACACACAGGGGCUAAUAUGGUGGUCAUGGUGGAAGGAAUUUUGAAUCGUCCAAUGGGAAUUACCGUCUUCUCUCCCCGCAGGCAAAAAUGUGACAAUGACCCCUGUACUCCGUUUAAUGGCGGCUGUAGUCACAGCUGUCACCCCGCUCCAGACGGUCAGGCUGAGUGUAAGUGUCCCGAGACAGAUGGUGUGACCUACAAACUGGGCAACGGAGGCAAGAUGUGUGUACCCAGCAACCACACCUGUAAAUCCAACCGCUUUGUGUGCAGCAACGGGCAGUGCCUCAGCUACAAGUGGGUGUGUGACUCGGACCCAGACUGUAGCGAUGGAUUUGAUGAAAAUCAGAAUAUGUGUGCAACCCAUGUUUGUGACCCGACCUUUUUCCGGUGUAACAAUGGGCGGUGUAUUCAGCCCCAGUACCGCUGUGAUUAUGAUGACGACUGCAAAGAUGGCUCGGAUGAAAUGGACUGUGAUUAUCCAAAGUGCACAGACAAGCAAUUUGAGUGCAAGAACUUCCGAUGCAUUAGCAAAAACUUGGUCUGCAAUGGAGAAGACAAUUGUCGAGAUGGCAACAAAACAGAUGAAAUCCAAUGUCCGGAUCGUCCCUGUGAGAAAGGAAAGACAAAGUGCCCCAACAGCAACAAGUGUCUGGCUCGCCGCUAUCUCUGUGAUGGGGAUGACGACUGUGGAGAUAACUCGGAUGAGAACCCUCUGUUCUGUAAAUCGGUGGCUUGUACUGAUGGUUACUAUGAAUGUAAGAUUACACACAAAUGUAUCCCCAUGAACUGGUACUGUGAUGGAGACGAUGACUGUGGAAUGGGAGAGGAUGAAAUGCCAGACUGUAAGAAGACAAACAACACCUGUUCCAGUAACCAGUUUACCUGUGCCAAUGGUCGCUGUAUAUCCAAGAGAUGGGUGUGUGAUGGAGAUGAUGAUUGCAUGGAUAACUCGGAUGAAGCCCCAGAACUCAAGUGUGUGGAAAGAGCUUGCCCUGCUGACACGUUUACCUGUGAGUCCAACAAACUGUCCGGCCGCUAUUCCUGCAUUGACAAACGCCUAGUGUGUGAUGGCGUCAAGAACUGUGUGAAGGGUGAGGACGAGAUGAUGAAUUGUACAAGCCGCACCUGUCAGCCUGGCGAGUUCCAGUGCACCAACGGUAUCUGUAUCGCCCAGCACUUCCACUGCGACCAUGAACAAGACUGUGGGGAUGGAUCGGACGAGACGGAGGCCUGCAAAUAUCCCCUCUGUAAUGAGGGGAAGUUUGAGUGUGACAACAAGCGCUGCAUAGCAGGAAGAUACGUGUGUGAUGGUGACAAUGACUGCACAGAUAACUCAGAUGAGAAGAACUGCACUCACACAGAGAACAAGUGUCCCAAUGGAGAGUUCCAGUGUAAGAAUGGAAAAUGUAUUGACUAUAAGUUGGUGUGCAACAAAGAAUAUGACUGUGAAGACGAGUCGGAUGAAAACAAAUGCAAUGUCAAUGAGUGUGAGUCCAUUCUGACCAACAAUUGUGAGCACAAGUGUAGAGACACCAUCACCAGCUUUGUCUGUGAAUGUGACCCAGGCUACAAACUCCAGACCGACAAAAAGAGCUGUGAGGACAUUAAUGAGUGUACAGAGGUGCCUGGGUCCUGCAGUCAGACCUGCAUUAACUCCCCUGGCAACUACACCUGUAAAUGUGAGAAUGGCUUCAAGAAAGAAAUCAAUGGCCGAUCCUGCAAAAAAACUGACAAUGUCACCCCCUGGUUGAUAUUCACCAACAAGUACUACAUCCGGGAACUGUCCACGGACGGCAAGAACUACCGGCGUGUGUCCCAGGGCUUUGACAAUGUGGUGGGCUUUGACUUUGACUACAGGGAGGACAGGAUGUACUUUACAGACGUCAGGGCCAAGAAGAUGUACAGGAUGCACCUGAACGGGACCAAUAAGGAGGUGAUUGUCCGACACAGUAUGCUUGGAGCUGAGGGACUUGCUGUGGACUGGAUUGGACGAAAAGUGUACUGGGUGGACAGCAGAAAACAGUCCAUAUACGUGACGGAGAUGAAUGGGACCAGUAGGCUGACUCUAUUCAAGGGAGGAUUCAUGAAGAACCCCAGGGCUUUCGUAGUGGAUCCAAUCAGGGGUUAUGCCUACUGGACAGAUUGGGCUGUUACGCCGUAUAUUGGAUGCAUAGGGAUGAAUGGAAUCAAUGCUUCCAAAGUGAUCACCAAUAAGCUUGGCUGGCCCAACGCUCUGGCUGUAGACAUCGUCAAUGGCAGACUGUGGUGGGGAGAUGCUCAUCUAGAUUACAUUGAAUAUGCUAACACAGAUGGAACAAACAGACACAUUGUGAUGCAGGGUAAAGUGCCCCACCCCUUUGCCAUCACGCUGUUUGAAGACUUCAUGUACUGGACCGACUGGAACCACAAGUCUGUGGAGAAAGCCAAUAGAUUCACGGGGGCCAAUCACACAGUGCUUCAACACGUCACCCACCGACCCAUGGACAUCCACAUCUACCACCCCUUACAGCAACCCAAAGGUAUUAAUCCAUGUGGGAACAACAAUGGGGGAUGCUCUCACCUGUGUUUGAUUGGACCUGGGGGUAAGAACUACACCUGUAACUGCCCAAAUGACUUUUUGCUGAGUGUGGAUCUGAAAACUUGUGUAGCUAACUGCAGCAGAAGCCAGUUCCGGUGUGGAAUCACAGACGAUAGGUGCAUCCCUAAAAUCUGGAAAUGUGACGGAGAAAAGGACUGUCUGGAUAACUCGGAUGAGCCUGAAGACUGUCCUGCCAAUCACUGUGCUCCGGGCCAGUUCCAGUGCAAGAACAAGAACUGUACGUACGCCUUCAGUGUGUGUGACCUCCACGACGACUGUGGAGAUAACUCGGACGAGGAGAACUGUGAGAACAGACAAUGUGAGCACUUCCAGUUCAAGUGUGGCAACAACAAGUGUAUCCCCCAGGGCUGGGUGUGUGAUGGGGACGAUGACUGCGGGGACAAUAGUGAGGAAGACUCCUCCAUCUGUGGUAACAGAACAUGCGACUCCCACCAGUUUACCUGUGACAAUGGAAAAUGUAUCCCCUCCUCCUGGCAUUGUGACUACGACGAUGACUGUGGGGACGGCUCCGAUGAAAAGAAAGAGUGGAACUGUGAGGCCAGAAAAUGUGUAGAGGGAUGGUGGAAGUGUAAAACCAACUACCGGUGUAUACCUAAUUGGCAGCGGUGUGAUGGGAGAGACGAUUGCCGUGACAACAGUGAUGAAAACGAGGCAGAUUGUCCUACUUGUCAUCCCACAGGAGAUUGGCAGUGUGCCAACAAACGCUGUAUUCCCAAACGCUGGCUUUGUGACUUUGAUAGUGAUUGUGAUGAUAAGAGUGAUGAAGACCCAAAACUCUGUGCCAAUUUGUAUAGGAACUGCUCAGAAUCGGAGUUCCGAUGUGACAAUCAGAAGUGUAUUCGCGGGAAGUGGCGCUGUGACCAUGACAACGACUGUGGGGACAAUUCAGAUGAGGAUCCAGUCUACUGCAAAAAAUACCACCAGUGUGAGGGUGAUCAGUUUCAGUGUGCGAGUGGUCACUGCAUCAGCAACAAGACUUUGUGUGAUGGACGACGAAACUGUCAGGACAUGUCGGACGAGAAGAGCUGUAACCCUCGCUUCCCUGGUGGAAGAUUCUGUCCAGCGUCCAAGUUUGAGUGCACUAACACAAUCUGCAUCCCCAAAGAAUGGCGCUGUGACGGUAACGAUGACUGCGGGGACAAGUCGGAUGAGGAGGAUGCAGUCUGCAGCAACAUUCCGUGCGACCCCAAAACCCGGUUCCGCUGCCAGAACAACAGGUGUAUCCCCAGGUGGCGCCUGUGUGACAAGGUGGACAACUGUGGAGAUGGAUCAGAUGAAAACAAUCUGGAUUUAUGUGGUGAAAAAUUCGGCCAUUGUAAUGCUUCACAGUUUAAGUGUGCUAAUAAACGGUGCAUCAAUGCGACCGGUGUAUGUGACAGUGUGGACGAUUGUGGAGACCACUCAGAUGAACUCGGCUGUCAUAAGACUUCUGGUCACGUAAAUUGCAGUGUAGACAAUGGCGGCUGCGACCACAACUGUACAGACCUGAAGGGGUCCGGCUACCUCUGUUCCUGUAAGCCUGGCUACCAGAUCUCCAGCAACAAGAAAACAUGUGAAGAUGUGGAUGAAUGUGUAACCUGGGGAAAUCAGUGCCCACACAUGUGUCACAAUGUGAAGGGAUCUUUCAAGUGCAUGUGUUAUGCUGGAUUCUCUGAUGUCAAAGGCAAAGGAACAGUGUGCAAAGCAGAGGGUAUGACCACUGUUUUCUUUACCACCGGACAUGAAAUUCGUCAGAUUAUCCUGGACAGAAAGGAGUACUCCGGGACGGUCAACAGUGGACAGUACCUGGGUGGAAUUGACGUGGAUAUGAGUCGGAAACUGAUCUACUGGACAGAUACUUCCAUGAAAAAGAUCCGACGGGCUGGCAUCCCGCGGAACAUGAAGGCCGAUUCCGAGACGGUGCCUCAAGAUCUCAACAUCAUGACUUAUCAACCGGAAGAUGUGGCCAUCGACUGGGUAGCAAGGAACAUCUACUGGACGGAUUCAGCCCACAAUACGAUAUCUGUUGCAAAAAGUGAUGGCAGAUAUGCAAAGAUUUUGAUCAGGAAUGAUCUUCAAUUUCCCCUGGCUAUAGCUGUCAAUUCUAAGUUAGGUUGGAUGUACUGGACAGAUGCCAGUGGUUCUUUACCAAAGAUAGAGAGGGCCUGGAUGAAUGGUGAGCAUCGAGAGGAGCUGGUAUCUACCCGCCUGGGGCGCCCCACAGGGCUCGCCAUCGAUGACCACAUGAAUGAUCGAGUGUUCUGGUGUGAUUCUAAAGAAAACCUCAUCGAGUCAAUGAAUGCUGAUGGCUCAGAUAGAGUCAUAGUUAUUGGGAAAGGUAUAAUCAACCCUAUAAGUGUGGACGUGUUUGAGAGUACCCUGUACUGGGCCUCCCAGCAGACAGGGAAGCUCAUGACAAUGGACAAGUUUGGGCGGGGUGUCAAUGUCACCCUCCAGGCGGGACUCCUGCUGCCAUCCUCCCUCAAGAUCUUCCACCCACAAAGACACAAUAUGACAGUUAAAAACCGCUGCCUGACCUCCUCGGAGAAAUGCAGUCAUCUGUGUUUGUUAACACCUGACAGUUUCAGCUGUGCUUGUCCAGAAAGGGCCCAGUUCAGGGAUCCUUUUACCUGUGAUGCAGCUUGGGAGGAGGAGAUCCCCGACCCUGAGGUGUGUGAAUGCUACAACGGAGGAACUUGUGUGAUGAUUAAUGGCACCGAGUCCUGUUUGUGUAGAAGUGGAUAUGGCGGUGAUGAUUGUCUGUUAAAACUGCCUGAAAAACUGAAGAAUCAAGAGGAAUCAGCCACAGAUGUGAUCGGUAUCAUUGUGCCUGUUGUGGUGGUGACAUUUGUAAUGGUGGCUUUUAUCCUACUCCUGUUCAUUCUAACGAAAAAAGGAAAACUUUUGCUGAAGGCGCGAGAUUUGAAGGUUGGAUCUAGCAGUGUAUCCUACCGAGAUGGAGGCAAUGUCCAGAUAGCUCCCCCAUUUAAUUUUGAGGAGCCCAGUGUGAACAGAACCGCUGAGGAUGGAAGUGAAAUAGACUCCACUAACUUUAGUAAUCCAAUGUUUUUCAAAGCAGAGGGUAUUGACACUACCCUCCGCAGUGCUCCGGAUAUUCAGGCUCCAUCGGACUCCAUAACAUUGUCACAAAGUGAUACUGCUCACACAAAUGGACAUCUAGACUCAUCCAUUUAACCUAAUGUGUAUAGCAAAUCACCAAUCUACAAACGUUCUGUAUACAGAGAGAUGAGGAAAGAAUGUCUGAUGUGAAUGUUGUAUGUGUGCUAGUGAAUACAGCCAUACUUUUGUAUUUCAUGUUUAUUUUGUAUAUAAUCAAAUUCAUAUCCAAUGUUUUAUUUUAAUAUGUCACAUGUUUUGAUAUUGCUUUUGCAAAAAAAAAGAAGACACAAAUGCAUGGUUGCAGGAAUUGGUUAAUUUGAUGAUUAUUAAAAGUGCAGCAUAAUGUACAGAUGAUUAUCACAAUAAACCUGUUAUUUUACAGAUGUUUUCUUCUUUUACUGCAAAUUAGCAAUGUUAUACCUGUUCUGUGUUAAAAGCAAACUCUAUGUUGUCAUUUAUUCUU